AUGGGCCCGAACCCUUUUAGGAUUUUCUUAGUCUCACUGAGUCCUACUUAUAGCCAAAAUAUGGAGUCAAACGGCGUCCGACAGUUGGAUAGGUUCCCUCGUCAGUUCUUUUUGAGGUUUUGAAUGUGCUGUUUCUCGUGGCCUGUAAAAAAUUGUUUUAGAGCAGACGAUGUGUUCGAGAACGAAGUUUGAAAAUACGUCAGAAAUUGGUAACUUGUCUUUUCCAGCAAUGUGCUCAAGCAACAAAAGAAAAACAUUAUUAAAGUUUUGAUUUUGCAGUUAGGUAGAAAAGAGCGAUCAUCUCUGAUAAAAAAAAACAAAUCCGAUCAAAAAGUCUUUUCUUUUGAUGGAGUUAUGGAACUUUUGCUGAGAGCACCACCAUACGCAGAAUGUAAAAAAUUAAUGAAAACUACACAACAACCGACAGAAAAAUUAUUAUUUCUCCAUGGGUUUUUAUGUGAAAAUUUUGAAGUGUAGCUAAACGAUAGAGCGAAGUCUGAGCUACAAAAUAGUAAUUCAGUUUUACUCACUUUUAAAUCGUUAACACACGAAAUCGUUUUUGAGUUUAGAAAGUUUUCAUUUUUUUCGACUUUCAUCUAAUUUGCUUAGUUUUCUUGAUUGAAGUUCUGAAAUUAAAGUUUAGGUAUGAUUUUGUAAAGUAUUUCGUGGCGCAUCUUUUAGAAAAAACCAUUAACCUUAAGGUCUUAGAGGAACACGAGAAAAAUGAAAAAUAGUAAAGGGCUCAUUUCUUCUGGCGCACUCGUUAAUUCCUAUAGAUCUCUACUGAAAUUCAAGAUUUCUAUGCUGUUAACGAUUGUGAAAAUCAAUUUAAUUCAUAAUUAAUCAUUUUAUUGCUUUUACAGUUUCUUAACGAUAGUUGCUUUAAAAACGAAAACUUAGCUGUUGUUUCUAUUCUUAGUGUUCUGAUGGAUCCAAGACGUAAAGCAAAAAAAUUAGCGUACAAAGGACUUUAUCCUGGUGCUCGUGUCUGUCGUGGUAAAAAUUGGCAAUAUGAAGAGCAAGAUGGGGGAGAUUCGAAACGUGGUAAAAUAACUGAUUUACAAGAUUGGUCUAAAACACAUCCGAGAAGUGGUGCUUAUGUUAUUUGGGAUAAUAAUCGGGAAAAUUUAUAUCGUGUCGGUUUUGAAGGAAUGGUCGAUCUUCAAGCCGUUGUGCCUGGAAAAGGAGGAUAUUAUUAUUCGGAGCAUCUACCUUUAUUGGGUGAACCUCAACGAAUUUCAAAGGCACACUCUUCUGUUUCUGGAAGUAAUGGAUUUCAAAUUGGAAAUUACGUUAAUGUUGAUUUAGAAUUAGAAAUUGUUCAAUCAUUACAACAUGGUCACGGUGGUUGGAGUGAUGGUAUGUUUGAGUGUUUAGGCACAACUGGAUGUGUACAAAGUAUUGAUGAAGAUCACGAUAUUGUUGUCUCAUAUCCGAGUGGAAAUCGAUGGACAUUUAAUCCAGCUAUAUUAACAAAAGUUGAAUUACCACCAGAACAACAACAAAUUAUAUUCAGACAACAACAACAACAACAACGAGAUUUGAAUACUGUACAAUCAGCUGCAGUUUCACUAUCAUCACCAUCGACAACAACAACAACAACAACAACAACUGAUGCUCAAAAAUUAGAAAUUAAUGAUAUGGUACAAAUAUGUAGUGAUCUAGAAAGAAUUAAAAUUUAUCAAAGAGGGCAUGGCGAUUUUGCUGAGGCAAUGAUGCCGGCACUUGGCAAAAUAGGUCGCAUUAUUCAUCAAUAUGCUGAUGGUGAUAUUAAAGUUCAAGUUGCUGGAGGUUGUUGGAUAUUUAAUCCAUUAGCUGUUACAAAAGUUCAUCAAACAAUAUCCAUAGACGAUGAGAAUGAAGAAAGACUUAGUGCAAUGUUAAAAAAAUUGUUUGAUGCUCAAGUUACGGGUGAUGUACACGAAGAACUUGUUAAAGCUUCAGCGAAUGGUGAUUCAAGAAAAGUUGAAGAAUUACUACAACGACCACAUGUUGAUGUCAAUGGAAUAUUUGCUGGUCACACAAGUUUACAAGCAGCAGCUCAAAAUGGACAUAUUGACGUUAUUCGAAUACUUAUGUUACAUCAUGCUAAUUUAGAAAUUGAAGAUAAAGAUGGUGAUCGAGCUGUACAUCAUGCAUCAUUUGGUGAUGAAUCAAUUGUACUUGAAAUAUUAGCUAAAGCCGGUUGUGAUUUAAAUGCUCGAAAUAAACGUCGUCAAACAGCAUUACAUAUCGGUGUUUGUAAAGGUCAUUUCGAUGUUGUCAAAAUUUUGUUGACUCAUGGAGCUCAUGCUGGUAUACAAGAUUCGGAUGGUGAUACAUCACUGCAUGAUGCUAUAUCAAAGCGACGAGAUGAUAUUGUAGCUCUGCUGCUUGAACAUAAUGCUGAUGUGGCGACAUGUAAUAACAACGGUUUCAACUGUAUUCAUCAUGCAGCAUUAAGAGGAAAUUCAUCGUGA